GUUCAGCCAGCCACACUGCAUGCAUUAAAUGUAUUGAGAUGCAGUUCUGCACCACACAAGCAGGCAUGUGCAGCACAGUUGUUCUCAUCAAUGUUUGUUCGCAAAUUUUCUGUUGGGUGCCCAUCAUUGUCAGUAGUCAGAGUUCAGCAUCCAGCACCUGAUUUCAAAGGGCAAGCUGUUGUAAAUGGACAGUUCAAGGAAAUACAACUUUCAGACUACAAGGGCAAAUAUUUAGUUCUUUACUUUUACCCUCUUGAUUUUACAUUUGUCUGCCCAACAGAAAUUGUGGCCUUUAAUGAAAAAAUUCAAGCAUUUAGAGCUAUAAAUACUGAAGUCAUUGGAGUCUCAACAGAUUCACAUUUCAGUCACUUGGCUUGGAUUAAUACCCCAAAAAAGAAAGGUGGGCUGGAAGGACUUCACUAUCCCCUGCUCUUGGAUUUCAACAAAACCAUAUCUAGAGAUUAUGGUGUGCUGAUAGAAGAUCAAGGCAUAGCUUUGAGGGGCUUGUUUCUAAUAGACACGAAUGGUAUAAUUCGCCAUAUAACCAUAAAUGACCUUCCAGUGGGUCGUUGUGUUGACGAGGUCAUUCGAGUGGUUCAGGCUUUCCAGUUCUUCGAAGCACAUGGAGAAGUUUGCCCCGCCAACUGGAAGCCAAACUCUGCCACAAUCAAACCAACACCAGAGGGAUCAAAAAGCUAUUUUGAAAAAGUUAAUUAA